CAGCAGUUUUCAACAGCAUUUGAACUAAAAAGAGCUCAUAAUUUGAGGCUGUGUCCAACGCAACUUUUUCAAGGGACCUCAACCAUGUGCCUUACGCAGGAAGACAAACCGCUUACAAUGAGAGAAUUGAACAAAGCUAAAGUUUACGACUUUGACUUCAAAUAUGGCCAAAAAUCUUAUUGGGAUUUCAACGAUGAACUUGCUGCGAUAGACCUGAGCAUGAUGCAAAGCCCAAAGUUAAACUGUCAUCGGAGGAUAAAGCGAGGAAAGUACCCCAAGUUUAGGUUUGUUCCUAGUCUGGAGGACAUUAAGGAGAACGAAUUUUUUGAUACACAACUGGGGAAUUCUAAGAAAGUCACUACAGAUUUGGUUUCCAUUCACGCGAAGCGAGCUCUAAAUCGCGGAGUGCAGCCAAUCAGGGAAGAAGGACGUCAUCAUCACAGGAAGCGUCACGUACGAUGUUUUUGUCGAAAGGCAUAA